AUGUCUGCUGCACUUCUGCGUCAGAUUCAGCCACUUGAAUGGGAUGCGACUCGGAACGAACCCUUCCUCCGCCUGCCCGCACCGCACUCGCACAUCAUCCUCACCCCAUCGCGUCUCUCUGACGCUGAAGACAUGGUCGGACCCUUCAACGAUCCCAAAGUCUACAAUGGCCUCCGUAGUCCUCCAUGGCCUUUCACGUUGGAGCACGGCAGGAAGUGGACUGAGAAGGUUGUAGAGAUCUGGGGAGAACAUCGCGAGGAACUCGAAACAGCCGCGGCGCAAGGCGAAAACGCGACUCUUGCGACGUUCGGGUUCUGCCCUGUUCGGUGCAUCCGCGACUCCCGGACCGAAGAGCAGAAGCUCAUCGGAGACCUUCAUCUAGGACGGACGGGCUACGAGUGGGAGGUCGACGAGGACAAGCGUAAAGAGCUUGCCGAUGCCAACGCAGCCCUGCCUGUCGGUGAUUCCACUAUAAUCUGGACCAUUGGUGACUGGUUGCAUUCAGACUUCCACAGUCAGGGAAUCAUGAGCGCUGUGGCGAAGGCCAUUAUCACGCAGUGGGCCAUCCCGCGUAUGAACGCACGGCACUUCCGCCCGGGUAACUUCGCAGGGAACCCUGCUAGCGCCAGAGUCUUCACCAAGUUGGGCUUCAAGCAUUGGGGGUUCUUCCCUGAGGUCGUACCAGUUAAGGCACGCGGGGAUUUCCCCGCGGAGAAGCGGUCGCUCUACAUUUGGGAGUUGAAAGUUGAUAACCCCGUGUCAUAG